AUGAAGCUCACAAUCUUCCUCCCUCUCACUGCCUUCCUAUCAUGGGCAGUUGCUGAGUCUGUGGAUCCUCGCGAAGAUGCCAGUCCUUGUCUUACUCGGUGUCUUUCUGAAGCUGCUGCAGUAGCAGGCUGUAUCUCUUCUGUCGAUUACAAGUGCACUUGUCCCAACACGGCGUUCAAGGACACACUCGGGACGUGUAUGAAGAGUGCAUGCACAGCAGAUGAUAUAACAGGUGUGUUUCCGUUCCAGUAUAGUAGCUUCCUACUAGGUUUACCAUGA